AUGUAGGCAAAUCAUUAAUGUCAAGGGAAAUAUCAGGAAUACCUAAAAUUAUCUCUUUAGAUUAUCAAAACAAAGAUAAAGAUAAAAGUGAUAAUGAGAUAGAAGAUCUCUUUAUCACUUGAAAAGACAUCCAUUUCACAAAUUAUGGUAUCAAGGAGUCAGUUAGAGACUCUACUUAUUAUAAAUAGAGACCUGAGACUUAGUAUUAUCAUCAUUAAUAUUGUAACUAUGGGAUAGACUUCCAAACUAAAGGAUUAACAAUUCAGAAAUUAUAAAAUUACUUGGAAAAAUUGCAAUAUCAUAUUGAUGGAUAUUUUUGGAAAAAAAAAUUGGUUUUCAUCUUUUUGA